AUGUUCGUUCGACGUCGAUUGUCGAAAGAGCCUCGGCGAUUGGGGGAAUCCGUGACCCGACCCGAGCCUUGGGGGGGAAUGAGCCAUGUCCGGGUAGCGCAAGGCGCGGUACUCGCCGAGUGUUGCAAGCCGCGAGACACGGAUCCCUGUCCCGGAUCGGCGUUCGAGGAACGCAGCACACAACGCGCUACCGAAGCCGAGGAGCGCCAAGAAGGCAAGAAAACUUACUGCUGGGUUCCUUUCGCACGCCCGGGCAGACAGGGCGCAACUAUGUGCUCUCGUCCGCGUGCGCGCGCGCCUUCGUUCGCCGGAGUGCGCCAUACGUUCUCGAGGGCGCCACGGACGCGUCCGCAGACAGGGCUGAGCCCUGGUGCCGAAGGCUUGCCUCAGCGUUACCAGCUUGCGGCCACUGCUGGAAUGUGGUCGCGACUAUGUCGCUCCAUUUUUCUCCUCUCUCUCUGCCCCAGUGUUGCGUUUUUCGGCAUCGAAUAUACAAGUUGUGGAACCGCAAGUCCGUUUCGCGGGGUCAUCAUGGGUCGUUUGCGGGGCGAUGCCGGGUCCGCCCUGGCGGUCCGCUACAGGAAAUUGCUGGAGUCUGAGAGCGAUUACGGAGUGAAUGAGGAGUGUCUGAACAUCGUGGAGCCCGCGGACUGGCGAGAUUUUCUCGUCUACUCUUGCAUCCAUUGCGGCACUGUCGAAAAAUUGAAGCAUAAACCUGUGAAAAGGAAAGCUGGGAAACCCGCGCGUUCCUCGAUGACCGUCAACUGA